AGGAAGGUAGGAUUGGUCAUGACAUGGUAAGGCUUAGAUGGGCGCGCCGGAAACACGGGUGCCCCAGAUGUAGCACAAAGACUUGGGACGAUCCCUUUCCGGAACCCCGCCCAGGGGUCCUUGACAGCACGACCCACCUACCUUAUUCUAACCAACGAGGAUUUACUGUGGCAGUGGUAUAUAAGACUCUACGCGGUGACUGACUCACCAUCCGCCCCCUCCCCCUCCUCCCCUCACCUUCUCGUCCCUCUCUCCCAUACGACAGCACCCCAAUUCCAAUCAUGUCCGACGAAUACGCCAACAUCACCCUCUCGGACUUGACACCAGAGCAGAUUGACGAGCUUUCCUCGUACGGCUAUGUCCCAACAGAGUGGAUAUGUAUCCUGUAUCUCGUUCUCUUUGGUCUCACCACUGCCGCCCACUUCGGCCAAACAAUCUGGUAUCGACAAUGGUGGCUCUUCGCGACCGCCGUGCUCUGCGGCGCGCUCGAGUGCCUGGGAUGGGUGGGCAGGCUGUGGAGCAAUCGCAACAUCCUCGCGGACGAUCCGUACAUGAUUCAGAUUGUUACCACGAUUAUCGCGCCCACGCCACUGCUGGCCGCUAACUUCGUCAUGAUGGGACGACUUGUGCGCCGCUUGGGUCCCGCGUACAGCCGUUUGAGCCCACGGUGGUAUACGAUUAUCUUUUGCUCUUGCGAUGUCAUCUCGCUUGUGGUUCAAGGCGCAGGCGGUGGCAUUGCUGCCUCCGCUGACGACCACGACGGCGCUGAGCUCGGCGGCAACAUCAUGCUCGGCGGUAUCGCGUUCCAGCUCGCCGUCAUCGUCUUUUUCACGCUCUUCGCCAUCGAGUUCCUCUGGCGCUACUUCACCGACCGUCCGCACCCCAAGCAGGCCGCCGCCGCCGCCUCGUCAACGACGACGCUCACUCCUCCUCGCGGCGCGCUCACGACGCUGCUCAAGCUCACCAUCGCGUGCUUGACGGUGACGACGGUGCUGCUGUGCAUCCGGGCGGUCUACCGCCUGAUUGAGCUCUCGGAUGGCUGGAACGGCGAGAUCAUCACGACGGAAGUGUGGUUCAAUGUCUUCGACGCGGCGAUGGUGGUUGUUGCGAUGUACUGCCUGAACUUCCUCCACCCCGGCUGGACGCUGCGCGAGCCGGCGUCGAUCAUGCAGGAGAAGCCCUUUGAGUACAGUACGGCAACUGUCGCAUGA